AUGCUAAGGCACGACGAGGCUCCGAACCAUCGCGACUACGACGCUCGAACAGUUCUGGUUGCAUUAUCCCCCAACUGCCAAUCUGCGGCGCUUGCAUCAACUCUCAUCCAGCAGGCUCAGGAGUUCUGUCGUUUGAGAAAAGCCACAAUAUCAUGUCUCACUUCCUGCCUCUGCAUUGAUCCGGGAGGGGCCCCGACACCGCGUCGCCCGCCCCCGGUUAAGGAUCAGGUAAGGCGAGUGGCGAGUCCUGGAAAGAGGAGUUGGAAAGUUUUCGGCGUUGAGCAGAUCUCUAAGAGAUACGAACUCGCGUCCGCAACACGUCCAUCAAAGCUUAGCUGCACCCAAGUACCGCGCGAGGUGCUUCUCCUAAGAGAUCUUUCGCGGGCUGUAUGGAUGAAAGGAAGAAAGUUGGAGGCGGAAGGACUGUUUUUAUAUGCAGCCGUCGCAACACGGACCAAGACACAAACAGAGCGGCAAGACCCGUUAAUGAACAAUCCCAUUCGAACUCCCAACAAAAGACCUCGAGACCACAAUCCCAUCGUGGAAAUGACACACACACUAUAUCUUGCUUUCGAGUCCGACACGUCUUCCAGUCUGCAAGCAGCACAACUCAUCCUGACGCAGUACUAUUCAAAAAUCGCAAGACAGCAGCUGCUGUUCAGACGAAACGCAUACAAGACAGUAAAUCGCUUCAAGCUCGACAACGUCGAGCCUCAUAGACGAGACCUGUUCUCACCUAUCGCAAAAUCGACAAUUUGCGCUCAACUUCCACACAUCAUGUCUGGCAACACAGCCGACGUCGCCUCCGCGUCGAUCCACGACAAGGUCAACGGCGAGACUCUCUACGCAAUUAGAGACCCAGCCUCACCUGGUCGCAAUGCAUUCGUCCGCUUCGAGGCGGAUGGUCACCUCCACCGUGGACUCGCAUACCCAGUGAUUCAAGUCGCUGAUCCUGGAGACGAGGAAAGUGUUCAAUGGUGUGAGGAUAUCACUGGCGUUGUGGAGUUCCACAACCCCAAGACUCUCCACAAAGUCAUCCAGUUCUACAAGCAAGACCAAAUGCUCGAAGAAGCCGACACCGAAACAGUCUUGAAGCAACUCCACGAGCAGUCUCACGGCAACACGAAUAUCGGUCUUGGCAGUGUGGUCCUCGCCCAUGUCAACGCUCGCAUGUAUGCCAUCGCUACCGUGCGACUUGAUCGACAGGUCCAUAAGAACAACAAGAAGACGAAGCCUUACCAGGUGCAGUACCUCGACCCGAAGUUGCGCGAGAAGCAGAAAUUCGCAGACAAGACUUUCACCCAGGUCAAGCCAAUGACUCUUGACUCUCCGUGCCUGCUACAGGGCACGAGUCUUGCGGAAGCUUUUCCUACCUUGAGUGAGGAAGAGACUGCCAUCCGCGAGACUAAGGCUAAGGCCAAGUCCAGCGCAGCUUCUCAAUCGCACGAGGUUCCUAAGGCGUCAGACGACGACUCAGUUUCUGCUGAGACUGCAUCAUCCACGAAUACGAAUGCUGAGGUGAACAAGAGCAAGAAGCGCUCUAGUCCACCAUCCGAUAAUGGUGGCAGCAAGACCGCUCCACCAGGCAAGCGUCGCAAGACUGUCAAUGCUCCUGUCCAGUCCGUCCAGAACAAGAUGGCGAUCAUGAGCAUUCUCAAUCCUACUCCAACGAAUGCUGCUGCGGGUAACCAGAAUCAAGCCGUCAACAACACGAUGACUGCUCAGCCAUCUAUCCCAGCUGCAGCACCAUCUCGCAUCCCACGACCAUUACCAGACGACGACUACUUCGACCCCAAACUCGGUUGUCAAUUCAUCGAAGUGAACUCCCGCCUCGCUCUGCAGAGCGUGAUCAAGUCCCUGGAAGACUUCAGCUCCUCAGCCGCAAAAUUCCAACAGACGAUUUACGCCGAUCGAGCUAUCGCCAGAUACAAGCGCCACUACGCAGACCUCAUCCGUGACGGCAAUAUCGAGAAGGCUAAAGCCUUUGUCGAGACUGAUGCAAAGACGACUAGGACCCAACUUUGUUUGAGACAGCGCCAGUACAACUUCAAGUGGGAUGUUGAGGCUUUCGAGGAGAUUACCGGUGCGCGAUUGGCAUCUAUUGCGGGUUGUAUGGGAAGAAGUAUGAGGAGGAGAUGGUUUGAUGGGCUAUUGUGCGGCGUUUUGGCGGGAGCAUGGAAUGGAGGCCGCAUGGCUCUCUCGCUUCUGAAGACUGAUGAAAUGUUUUGGCGUUUUGGGAAGGACCUCUGGCCGCUGAGAGUGUCAAUGAUGACGGCGCGCGUGAAUCAAGCGCUGGCGGGCGGAAGACUUACAAAUAUGAAUGCUCGACGAUUUGCUACUUCUUUGCCAAUCCUGUUGUUGAAAUUGUCUGAGAUCCCUAGCUCCAUGUUUCGUGUGCCCGCUGCUGCUUCGAAAACCUCUUCCAGAGCGCCUACCAUAGGCGCAAUGAAUCCCCUUGCGCUACACAUCUUCCUGAGCUUGCAUGCACGCUCUCUCAUACAUCGCUACGCCACAAAACAUAAUUCAUUAGCUUCACAGUACGCUACAUUCGGACGCAACGCCAUCAUGGCCAAUACAGCAGCAGCACCCACAAAGCUGACCAACGACGAUCUCAAAACUCUCCUUCCAUUGACAGCGCUAUACAAAAAACACCUCGCAGGUUAUUCAGUCCAUAAUCUCCCACCCUCCCACAAGGACUCCAAACUUCCAGUCAUUCACUGCCUUUCUCACGAGAUCGAUGCAUCUUCACUGGAUCCGGACGCAUACGCCAUCGAGAAGGAAAAUGCAUACCAGAUCAAAAGCGGCAAUCGAUACCCGCGUCGCCAUGGGUUCAGACCGAUAAACCCAAACCGAACAAGACACAGAAGAAGACAUCUCUGGCAGAUGAAGAAGAAGAGGACGUUCAGAUUCGAAAUUUUCGACAUCAGCGACUCCAACGGUCGUUGCAAUUUCCGAGAUCCGGCAAGAAAGUGGAAGAACGAGUUCAAGAAGAAGGGGAGAAGCACACCUUUAUGUAUCUUCAUUGAAGAAGGCGAUCGAAGUGCCGUCACACAACCUUUCCUGCUCCGCGCCAACUUUGCCUUGGAUAUCGAAAGUAUCUUGGAUCGGGACUGCCGCAAUGUCAUCCCAGACUGGAUUGACCGGGUGAGGACCGCGGUGCAAAUCUGGAAAUUUCGCCGAGGGCUGAGGGUUGCGUAUGGUUGGCAUGGGUCAGUAUUUUCAUACGCUCAUGGCCAGGACGAGGAAAAAUAG